AUUCCCCAUGCAUAAAACCCAGCCCAUUUACAAAACUCCAAGCAUAAACCCACAAAUAAUGCACCAAUCCCUGGCCCUGUCUGGUUUUGCUCUCAAUACCACACCCUAAACCCUCAACCCCUCUCGGUCGCAAGGCGGCGGCUACGGCGGGGAUGGGCUGUCAAUCCACUCCCAUCAACCGCACAUAGCACAUGAAAUCCCUCCUCUCCUCUCUUAACAAAUCUCCCCUCUCCACUAAAAAACCCCACCCCAAAAUGUCCUCUUCCCUGUCCAACACCCCCGAUCAAGACCAAAACGCCGACGUUCACCACUCUAGUACCACCACGGCGCUAUCUCCAUCUCUAUGCUUAGCCUCUCCGGACCGCUGCUUCUAUUCAAACGGAGAGUCAAGAGUGGAGCAGGCAUGGGCGCACUGGAACAAGAUCGGUAAGCCGAAGCUAAUUGUAGCUCCAAUGGUAGAUAACUCAGAGCUUCCGUUCAGAAUGCUGUGUAGAAAAUACGGAGCUGAUGCUGCUUAUACUCCGAUGUUGCAUUCCAGAAUUUUUAACGAGACUGAAAAAUAUCGUGCUCAAGAAUUUACUACCUGUAAGGAGGAUCGACCCUUGUUUGUUCAAUUUUGUGCUAAUGAUCCGAAUACUUUAUUAGAAGCUGCUCGGAGAGUGGAGUCUUGUUGUGAUUAUGUUGACAUUAAUCUGGGAUGUCCUCAGCGAAUUGCGAGGCGAGGAAAUUAUGGAGCUUUCUUAAUGGAUAAUCUUCCAGUUGUGAAAUCCUUAGUUGAGAAGUUAGCUCUCAACCUUAAAGUUCCUGUCUCCUGCAAAAUCCGACUUUUCCCAAAAUUAGAGGAUACUAUUAACUAUGCUAGAAUGCUAGAGGAAGCUGGUUGUGCUCUGUUAGCUGUUCAUGGCCGAACUAGAGACGAGAAAGAUGGGAAGAAAAUCCGGGCUGACUGGAAGGCUAUCAAGGCUGUAAGAAAUGCAGUUAAAAUCCCAGUUCUUGCAAAUGGGAAUAUUCGGCACAUGGAUGAUGUUCAUAGUUGUUUGGAGGAGGCGGGUGUCGAUGGAGUGCUUUCAGCCGAGUCUCUCCUUGAGAAUCCAGCUCUCUUUGCUGGAUAUCGUACUGCUGAAUGGGUUGUUGGCGACGAAGAUAGUGCUAGAGAUGGAAAACUUGACCAGGCUGAUCUGUUAGUGGAGUAUUUGAAGCUUUGUGAACAAUAUCCUGUACCGUGGAGGAUCAUUCGGUCCCACGUGCACAAGCUCUUGGGAGAUUGGUUCAAGAUACAUCCUCAUGUAAGAGAGGAAUUCAAUGCACAACCGAUACUCACCUUUGAAUUUCUUUACAAUAUCGUAAAUCAACUUAGAGAGCUGGGGGUGAGGAUUCCGCUUUAUGUUAAAGAUGUCGAUGCUCAUGUGGGAGGAGUUUCUGCAAAUGGUAUGGCCAAUUAAACUUUUGAAUACAUGUCAGUAAGCUGCAGGUGCAUAUGUGCCCGUUAACCUACAUUAUUUAUUUGUACCUUUACUAUAAGCAGUAGAUUAAAUCUGUGCUGCAAUUUCCGAUGCUAGCUAUAGGAAUACUUCAUUUGAAUUAGUUAGUAAACACGAUUCAGACGGUGAAAAGGAUGCGUUUUGUGUUCCUACAACAUCCAUGGUGGCUCUGGACACGGAUUUAUCUUGUCAUUUUUGUAUUGAUAUUCUUCUCUGUAUUUUAUUGAUAUAGAAAUUAUUGAUUUAUCGAUUAGAAGUCA